AUGAAGGCUCCGACGACCCGCCUAGCCAGACGGCCCUUCGCCGAGCUUCCGACGGACGUGCUGUUCACCGUCCUGCUGCUGCUCUCGGCCAAGGAGCUAUGCCGCCUCCGCGUUGUCUGCCGUGCAUGGCGCUCCGUCACCUGCGACCCACAUUUCAUCCGUGCGCACGCCGCUCGGCACCAACGGGACCUGGUCUUGGUGGCGAGAUUCCUUUCGGGUCCUUCCGAAGAGCGGACCAUGCUAAUCGACCUCAUCGAUCAGUUAGGCAAAACGGUGAAACGAGUAGCCAGUGCCAUGGACCGCAGGCAGGUGCUUACCCUCGGCGGCAGUCGUCGCCGUGCAUGGUGGAGAGACAUGCAGAGUCCUGACAUGUUCGUCUGUCCGGACAGCAGCGUCGUCGUUGACGGGGUGGUCUACUUGUUGAGGAAUGGCGUGUACAAUGGCAUGGCGGCACUGCCGAGCGCUGGCAUUGUUGUUCCUCCAGCAGAUUGCGUAGCUUCAUUCGAUCUUGAGAGGGAGGAAUGGAGGAAACGUCUCCAGGGGCCUAUAAGCAUGGGCUACGAUGACGAUGAGGACUCGAACGACGAGCUCCACCCCUUGACCAUCGCUGGUGCCAAUUUGCUUUGGCUGAGCUCAAAGGCUCUCUAG